AUGAUAUGGUCCAAGAAGAAGGGCGGCCAGCCCUACUUUGGUCUCACCGGAACGUGGCUCACGGUCUGGAUCACCAUUGCCUGUGCAACGGACAUGACUCUCUUCGGAUACGAUCAGGGAGUAUUCAGCGGCGUGGUCGUCACGCAGAACUUCCUCGAGGUCUACGACUUGGUCGGAUCGUCGAAGACGACGACCCUCUCAACCGUAACCGCGAUCUACGAUGUGGGCUGUUUCUUCGGUGCUCUCAUCGCUUUCGGAAUCGGCGAGCGGCUCGCCUCAUCCUACAGCCUUCCGCAGAUAUUCAUCGGGCGGGUGAUUCUAGGAGUCGGCAAUGGUAUCAACACGGCCACAGCCCCUGUAUGGCAGACCGAGACAUCCCAGCCCCAAUGGAGAGGAAGACUGGUGCUGUUGAAGAUGGUGAUGAACCUCAACCUCGCGGGGUCCAUGCUCGUGAACUGGAUCAACUAUGGUCUGUCCUUCAAAGGAGGGUCGGUCGCCUGGCGGUUUCCGAUUGCCUUUCAGUUCGUGUUCAUCCUCGCGCUCUUCGCCACAGUCCCCUGGUUACCUGAGUCACCGAGAUGGCUUAUGCAGCACGGCCACGAGGCCGAAGCGAUGCAGGUCCUGGCCGCCAUAGAGGCGAAGCCCAUCGACGACCCCUACAUCGCCACCCAGCGGUCCGAAAUUGAGUACAGCAUCCAAUACGAGCGCGAGAACGCCGUCCGCUGGCGAAACCUGUUCCGCAGCCGCCACAGCUCCAACGAUACCAAGACCCUGCGUCGCCUGCUUCUGGGCGCGGGUUCCCAGCUCAUGCAGCAGUUCGAGGGCAUCAACAUUAUGUCCUACUAUAUGCCAACCGUGCUGAUGGAGUCGGUCGGUCUCUCGAACCGCUCCGCGCGUCUCCUUGCCGCCUGCAGCACGGUCUCGUACUUUGUCUUCACCGCCAUGGCCGUUCCGCUAGUUGAGAAAUGGGGGCGGCGGGGGCUGAUGCUAAGCUCGACGGCCGGGCAGUUUGCGUGUUUCCUGAUCAUCACGAUCCUGCUGUGCUAUGCGGAAACGAUGGCGGAUGGGUCCAAGUAUGGGUCUGCCUCGAUCGCCUUCUUCUUUCUGUAUUAUAUCUUCUUUGGCAUGGGGAUGCUGGCGGUGCCGUGGCUCUACCCGACGGAAAUCAGUUCGCUGCCAAUGAGGACCAAGACUGCGGCCGUGGCCACGGCGACCAACUGGAUCACCAACUUCAUUGUGGUCGAAAUCACCCCGAUCGGUAUCCAGAGCCUGGGAUGGCGCUUCUGGAUUGUCUGGACGGUCUUCAAUGCUGCCUUUCUACCCGUCAUCUAUCUCUUCUAUCCGGAGACCGCAAACCGUACUCUCGAAAACCUCGAUGCCUACUACCGCUCCAACCCGUCGCUCAUAGUGAUCAACGAUCCCGAUGCGAUCAGCGUCAAACGCCCGCAGAAGUAUAUUGAUCAUGAGGCGGACCUCAUUCAAAGGAAGGCAGGGAAGGUGGAUGAUGUACGGAAGUCGGACUUGGAGAUGGUGGAGCAUAUUGAGUAA